UGGAGUAGGAGUGCUGUGAAGAGAGUGGAGGCUUUAAUCUAAACAAGAUAUUGUUGAUGGCGAGCGGAUGGGGAUUAUCAAACUGUCUUCUGCCGGAGUCUCAGUAGCAUCCAAGCAUUUGGCAGUGGCGCCGUGUUAUGUGACAGGUGUAGCGUUUCUCUUUGUUUUCCUCUUCACCUCUUUGAGCCAGGUAAAGCAUGCAUACAUGCAAAUGCCGUAGGGAUCCCUAACAAUAUGAGGAAUCUGCGUUGUUCAGUCAAGAGAUGAUGUGCCACAACUCCCAGCGGUGGAACAGAAAUCAAGCAGAAUUAACGAUUUGAAGAAGGAUUUAAAAUGCACAAAAAGAUAUUCAGUGACCGACAAUGAAAAAAAGGUGGAAAAAAAAGCGUGCUGGAUUUUAUUUCGCGAGAGGGAGAUUAAACUGGCGGAUUUAUAAUUGAUUUCCUCGCAUCUUGCCCGAUGAUGCUGCCAAGUCCGGUCACAUCGACGCCAUUCUCGGUCAAAGACAUUCUGAACCUGGAACAGCAAACGCACCAGCAAGUGGCCCAUCAUUUGCAGCAGAAUUUACCGUCCCAGUUUCAGCCGCCGCCUUCCUGCAUGCACGCUGCGGGGGAAGCGUCCAGCUUCUCGGAUGGGGAGGAGAAAAUACCCUUUCUGAACUCUCUGUCGGUGCAAGACAGCCGGGGGGACGUGAGCCUUUCCCCCGAGCUCUACGUCCACGCAGCGUUGAGGAGCCCGUGCGAAACCAAAUUAGAGGAGGAGAUCCUACGGGAUGAGGGCAAGAAGACCUGCACGUUGAAAAAAUCUCCAGAAAGCGAGGAAAACAAGGGAGAAGAUGGAGAACGACCGAAGCAAAGGCAGAGGAGGAAACCUCGCGUACUUUUCUCACAGGCUCAGGUGUUUGAACUGGAGAGAAGGUUUAAGCAGCAGAGGUACCUGUCUGCCCCCGAGAGGGAGCACCUAGCCAACACCCUCAAACUGACCUCCACCCAAGUCAAGAUCUGGUUUCAGAACCGGCGCUACAAGUGCAAGAGGCAGCGGCAGGACAAAUCCCUGGAGAUCGCAGGCCACCAUCACCCGCCUCCGCCUAGGCGGGUGGCGGUCCCCGUGCUGGUCCGAGACGGCAAGCCGUGCAUAGCAGGAUCCCAGAGUUACAGCAGCCCUUACAGCGUCGGGGCCAAUGCUUACGCUUACAACGGCUACCCCGCCUCGUACGGCAGUUACGGCGGGGGCCCGGCCUAUAACACAAACUAUAGCUGCACCUACACCAGCAUCCCGUCCCUGCAGCCUUCGUCCGCGCCCAAUGCCUUCAUGAACGUGGACCUCAGUAAUGUGAACAGCUCAAUGCAGUCGCAGUCUCACCAAGGAGCCGGGAUGCCUGCAUGCCAAGGGACCCUACAGGGCAUCAGGGCUUGGUAGUAAUCGAACUCCCAUUUGAAAACCUCGAUCGAACCUGCCUCCACCACCCAAUUCAGCAAUUGUUCCAGACUCCAGCCACCCUCUGGGUGAAAACAUAAUCGUCGGUUCUAUGUAUUGCAUUUUAAAAAUAUCUUCAGAAUAAAACUGGUAGGUUUAAA